AUGGAAGACCCUUCUUCACGUGUUCUGAUCGACACGAUCCUUGCAACUUUUGGCAAUGCCCACGAUUUUUACGAAAGCCCUCGACCACGUUGCAAGCACGGGAUGGUAUGCACCGUACGUAAAGUGAAGAAAGAAGGACCCACGCAGAACCGCCUGUUUUACUGUUGCUCUCAGAUAGAUAGCUGUGGGGUUUUCGAAUGGAAAGAGAUCGAACCUCGUGUGGCCAAGACUGGCUUCGUCCUAUUCAGUGACCCGCUAGAAUAUCGAUACAAGAAUGAAGACACGGGAGAAACAUUCACUAGUACUAACAUUAAUGCUAAGGAAGCGUAUGAAGAAUUCCUUUUAUCAUCAUGA